UAAAUUGUGGUAAAACGCGGUUGCCGAUUGUUUAAUUUGGUUUAUAUCAAAAUAUGUUAAGGAAAAUAUAAUAUAUUAUUAUUAUGUGACGUGGAUGACGUGUUGGUUGUUGAUAUAAUAUGCAUUUUAAGUUUUUUACAAUAAAUAUUUAAAAACGACAUCUGUGCAGUCUGUGUGGUUUGUACUUUAAUAAUUAAAACGUGUUUGGGUUUUUUUUUUGUUUGAAGACCCAUACAAGCAUUACGAGAUGAUGAUCAAUUUGCGUAAUCCUACAGCUGACCGGCCGAGAUGUGACAGACGCCCGACCGGUAUGAACGCGGCGGCCGACGGUUACGGUUCGUCGUGCAUCAUGUCCAUGAGCUUGGACGGCUGUGGCAAGGAGCAGCUCAAGACGCAGUUCGUCACCAGGGAAGGCGUUUACAAGCUGCUGACGUUGGCCACGUACUCCCGGCCGAACCGCAUCGGCUACAACGUGCAGACCAACACGUCCGUGCACGUGUCGUUUGUCGGCUACUCGUCGUCGGAUACCAACGGCAACAACGACCGCAUGUGCUUCAAUAUCGGACGGGAGCUGUACGUUUUCUACUACAAAGGAACGAAAAAGGGAGCAGAUUUAACUAAACCCAUAGAUAAGAAAUUAUAUAAAGGAAUAAGUCCUACAUGUCAUGACUUCAAUUCAACUGCAACAACUGAAGACUCACUACCAUUAAUUGUGGGGUUUUCAACAGGAUUAUUACAACUAAUUGACCCUGUUAGAAAAGAUGUUAGCGUAUUAUUUAAUGAAGAGAAAAUCAUUGAUAAAACGAAAGUCACAUGUGUCAAAUGGGUACCAAAUUCAAAACAUUUAUUCCUUGCAUCACAUGCUAGUGGUCAGUUAUAUUUGUAUAACGAAACAUUUACAUGUGGUACAACAACGCCAAGUUAUCAACAAGUGAAAUCCGGUGAAGGUUAUACAGUACAUACAUGUAAAACAAAAAGCACGCGAAAUCCAAUGUAUCGAUGGUUAAUUGGCGGCGACUACAACAGCAUCAAUGAGUUUGCAUUUUCUCCAUGUAGUCUUUACUUAGCAGUUGUUUCCCAGGAUGGAUUUCUCAGAGUAUUCCAUUAUGAUAAAAUGGAACUGAUUGGAAUGGCUCGAAGCUAUUUUGGUGGAUUUCUUUGUGUUUGUUGGUCACCUGAUAGUCGAUACAUAGUGGUCGGAGGAGAAGAUGAUUUGGUUACUGUUUAUAGUAUUUCUGAGAAUAGAGUCAUAGCCCGUGGUCAAGGACAUCAUAGUUGGGUUAGUGUGGUGGCGUUUGAUCCAUACACAAGUACACCACCGUCCAUGGAACCAUGUAUACCAGGAUACUACAGACUAGGUUCAGUUGGGCAUGACACACAAAUGUGUUUAUGGGACAUUACUGAUGACAUAUUACAUCAUGUAACAUUAGUGUCGCCGCUUCCUGUGAUAUCUAAACAAAACGGUGUUAUGAAUAAUGUGAAACACAAUGUUAAUGCUAAUAAUGUACAAAAACAAACUCAAGACCCUAUGCGGUUGAUUGGUACUACUGCUUGUCCACGUUUUGAUCAGUGUCCACGACUUGAACCAUUAAUAUGUAAGAAAAUUGCUCAUGAUCGAUUGACAGCUUUAAUUUUUCGGGAAGAUUGUUUUGUAGCUGCUUGUCAAAAUGGAUAUGUGUACACUUGGGCUCGUCCUGGAACAAUUACAAGCCUCAAUGCACAUUUGGUUUCAGAUCCAAAUUCCAUCAUGUCAUCAUUAGAUCUACCUUCAUUAAAUCCUACAUCUGCAGUGUAAUGAAUAAUUUACUGCAAGUAAUACGAUACUCGUUUAUUGAAAUUAUGAUAAUUUUAUGUUCUGUUAUAUUUAUAACCAAAAUAAGUGAAAAAUUGACAAGCAAAAGGUGAUAAUUAAAAAAAAAAAAAUAACAAUUAUAGUUCAAAUGAAUAACUUAUUAUUAUCGUACUUUAGAAUAGUAAUUACAUUUUAAAAUAACAAAUUGAAUUAAAACAAAAACAAAUAGGCUGUGAUCAUUUAUUAAUAUUGUCAGCUAAUCUAAUAAAAAAUCUUUUUAUAUCUUAAUGGGAAUUGUAAAAUAUGAAAGAAAUAUUUUAUAAAGACCAUAGGUAUAUUUUAUUUUGUAUGUUUUUCUUUGAUCAGAUCUGUUUUAAUACUUGUAAUCAGGACUUUUAUUGUCUUGUAUUCAGAUAUAUUGUGUUCAGUCUUUCAUUUUCUCCCUUAAAAUUAUAUGUGAGUAAUAUUUUUCAUGUUCAAAAGUUUUGAUUAUAUACCCCGAUAAAACAGACAAUAUAAUUAUUUUGAUAACAAUUGCGCAGUUAAUGUGUUGUAAAAUGGUUUAUUAAAUAUUAUUAAAGACUGUAAAGCCCAAGCAUCUAUGUGAGUAAAAAAAACAAUAAUAAUAAUAAUAAUUAUAACUUAAAUAACAAACAAACUUAACAAACUUUUACAUUUUUUUAUUAUUUACAAACACAACUACAUUAAAUAAGUAAAAUAAAAAAUAGAUCAGAAAUGGAUUAUAUUGAUUAUUUAUUAAAAUAAAUUUAUCAUUACCAUUGUACAUAAAUAUUAUUUGUACUAGACAAUUUAGACUGAUCCUAAAUAAAACAUGCUAAAAUGUAAAUAUAUAAAUAAGUAUCUUUAUUAGUUUUAUAGUAUAAGAUCAUUUUGAUUGACUGGUAGGAUUAUUAUACAUAAAUGUAUCUGUACAAAAAUAUUAUAUAAAACAAGUUUUCAUUUUGUAAUAGUUUAAUUAUUUAUACCAUUAUUAAAUCCAAUUUGAAUUUAUUUUCAUACCACCUUAUUGACUGAGUUAUAUUUUUUUCAUAUUAUAUUUCAUUACUGUUACUUUUAAUAUGACAUCAAUGUUUGUAUUGUAAGAAAGGACAUAAAUUAAAAUGCAGUUGUAACUAGAAAUGGUAAACACGCCAAAAUUGUGGGUUAGACAACUUAAAAAACCAACUUUUUAAUCUCUAAAACUACCACUUAUAACUGGUUUUUUUAUGCUAGAAAACUGUUUCUAUUACAUUUUAUCUUUUAUCGUACUUAAACAUAAAAUGUUGUCACAUUCCAUAGUCUGUUAUAUUAUUUUAAAAUAAUUUCUAUGUGUGCUUAGCUAGUCAAAAUUCUACUAUGAACAGCUGUACCUUUACUUUUCUUCUUUUUUUUUUAUAUUGCAAGGGUAAUUUUUGUCUUGAUUGAAUAUUUUAAUUGAUUAGUAUUAUCUUAUGAUUUUUUUUUUUUUUUUAAAGAAUAUGAUAUAAUAUUUUACUAAUCAUUUUUGUAUACUUUUAAUAUAAUUUUAGUUCAAUAAUUAUUUAAAAAUCAUUUAAUUGUUCUUAUUUGUUGGAUAAUUUUAUGGCCAAUAUAUAUAUUUUAUAUUAUAUUAUUAAAUUACUUACUCAUUGCAUUCAGUAAAAAACAUUUAGUUGUUACAUACAUAUUAUAAGUUACUUUUAUGUGUACGAGAAACAUUUUUUUUAACUACCUACCUUGUGUUAGUGAUUUUAAAUCAAAAUUCUUUACAUUUUUCAUAACAAAAUAUAUAACCUAUAAGGUAGUAUCUUGUUACUAAUAG